UAUAACUACGGCUGUCCUAACACUGUCGAAGAAGCUUCCUUGUUAAGCCAUCCCUCCGAGAUCUAAGCGAUGCAUUUAUACUUGGCCUACUUCCCGUUAAAAACAUUAUUGUUUCUUGGAGUGAGCUGCUCUGGGUACGCAGAGACCAAGUCGACAGGCGACCUCUACAUCAGAGAUGCUGUUUCCAGUUGGAAGGAUGCUCGAAGUGCAUGCAGCGGAGACCUCUACGUCCCCAGUGACGGCAGUGUUCCGGGCACCGUGUCUGCAAAGCUGUUGUUGAACACAUACUACUGGAUUGGUGCCAUACAGUAUUCGACAUGGAGGUGGACACAGGAUAACAGCCCGCUGUACACCUAUAUUGGCCUAAGGACACUUCCUCUCGGUCUGUCACCGUCAACAAGCAAUGCCUGGAACUCAGUCUACCUCUGUCACAUUCAUUGUGGUCAGGAGUGUACGGUACUCGGUCUCAGGAUGAACGAGUGUUACUGUCUAAGUACAGAUGAGGAUGUAAGCUUACCUGAGGUAUCCACAGAGGUCAGCUGCCCUGGGAAUCCGGAUGAAAAGUGUGGAAACAAUUCAGGGUUGUCCGUCUAUAAGCUAGAGGGUAUCACCUUCAGGCCAACCAAAGAGGGACACUGUGUGUACGCUACAAGAUUGACAUUGGGUGCCUCAUUUAGUCAGGUUAACCAGACUUUAUGCGGAGGGAAAAGAAGAUACGCAUGUUUCGAAAACAGUACAACGUGGAUGUAUGGAAGAUGUUCAUGGAACAUUUGUAUCACACAGAGAAAAUAUCAGAAGAACUGGACUGAUGCUAGUGCUACGUGUCCUUUGGUGAAGGUUACCUCUUCCAACAGAGAUAACCUCACGGCAGCCAUGCACACAGGGGAUGAAGUGUCCUACUGGAUUGGCUUGUCACGACCACUUUCAAGUAAAUGGAUUAAUGGGACUACGUCUGCAAGGUACGGGACUGCCUUUCCUGACAGCACAGGGCCCAAGUGUCUGGCUAUGAUUGCAGACAGAUGGCAAAACAUAGACCGCCUCUGGGUUCCUUGUGAUUUACCACAGAGAUCAAUCUGUGAAACAGCAUCACCCUCUUCCAUACCACCAAGAACACCAACUUCAUCGGCGACAACAACGGACAUAGUAACAACGGCUUUGAUGUCGACGAUGACGGAGAUGUUUACAAGUGAAGGUAGCGACGAGAAUGUAACGGAGACAACAGACGGUACAGAGAGCAGUACCCUGGCGCCUCCUGCUGAUACGGGUGGGCUAUUAAUAGGGGUGGCUGUUGGGUGCCUCACACUGCUGCUCGUUGUUGUGGUCACGGUGUAUGUUAUGUUCAGACAUCGAAAACUGUGUUUCAAAAAGACAGGCAAGUUUGAACCCCUUGACAGCACAGCCGUAGAAAAUGAAACGUAUGGCUUUCAUUUUACAACAGAGAACACCUUCUCUCCAGCUGCUGCAUCACCACAGCAUCGUUCAACAUCCUCUCCACAAACAACGGCUGCAUCCCAUCAUCACUCAAUAGCCUCUCCACCAACAUGUGGCACUGGAAGAUCCCAGAAUCCCAUCUAUGACAAUGCAGCUAUCAGUGAUACGUCCCUGAAUGCCAAUGAUGAGUGCCGCAUACACACAAACAUCGAUUACGACCGGGUCACACUAGCUGCUGCAUCUCAUCAUCAUCCAGCAGCCUCUCCACCACCACCAACAUGUGGCACCGGAAGAACCCACAACCCCAUCUAUGACAAUGCAGCUAUCAGUAAUACGCCCCUGAAUGCCAAGGAUGGGUCACGUAUACCAUUCAGCAGUGAUCAUCAAGGACCUUCCGCGCAUGCAUAUGACUAUCUUGCUUCGUCACCAGAUCGACGUCACCAGACUCGCGGGGAUGACACGGAGGCAACUGGCGUCGACACGUACAACCACGUCUCUUAUGAAGCAAACCAGCCGAGAUACAAGGGAGACUAUAACACUGUCGUCACCAGAGAAGCGCCAUCAUCAGGUGUUGGGGAGACUGAUGAUGUUUACAUACGACCGAUUGUUGAAACCGACGCAAACAUCAACGGAUGACAAUAAUUCGAUACUUAUUAUGCAAUGUAUGUACAAUGCAGGAUAUGCAUCUUCUGAUAUAUAUGUCAACAGAAAAAGAUCCGGUAGGGAGUUUAAAUAGCUAGGAAAUAUAAGCAAUAGCGGUGUAAAAUACAACUCAGUCACUUAUCAGAGAGAAUCAAAACGUCAUGAAAUACUGAAUUGAUGUGUCAACUAGACGAAUUGGUUCAUUGCAGCCAAUACCUCGGUUAAUUACAAUCCAAUAUUGACAAACAAUAAUAUAUAUAAGUUCUAAUGUAAUAUUUGUUUCAAAAUUUGACCCAAAGCGUGAGACACGCCUAUAUGUUUAUGUUUAAUCACCCCUUCACGAACAGCUGGGGUCAUCACUGUUUGAUAGUGAUUCCUAAAUACAUAGCUGGACUGCUUUUAGUAGAGAUAUCAAAUUUACACCAAGUAAACAUUUAUUAUGCACUAUUUAUGAUGUGGUCAGAUACUGAAUAUAACAACUGCAUAUCUAGAUGCCUUUUCUCUUGACUUCCUGCUGAUGUUCACACGCACACACACACGCACACACACG